UGAGCGAGUUCACGAUAUGAACGGAUUAGGAAGGAAGGGAGCAUCAAUAAAUCAAUAAAUCCUUUGGCGAGGCAGGAGAGGGUGGUACAAUCACGUGCGGGACACUGCGAGUCUGCCUCGCGAAAUUGCCUGAUUGAUCCUUCAACGGUAUUUCCACGCGUCGUUGAAUGUCAGCGCGAGCUCGGGUUACAUACUUUCAGUCUCACCAUCGCACCCAUCGAUCAUCGCACCGAAUAAAACAUUCACUAUGUUUGACAUCGUUGGGGCGCGGCCUCACGUGUGGAGGAUUGUCAUUUUUGUCGUCGGCCUGCUCACGUUAUUCUUGUUUUUCGACCCAAUCGGCUUCGCAUCCUCGUCGAUGGACUCGAUCGCCAAUCGAGGCCCCGGUAACGCCGACACCCUCACGCACAUCGUCAUGUUCCAGUUCAAGAGUGAUGCCGACCCUGCCGCCAUCGAUGUGGCAUGUGCGAGAAUGAUGUCCCUUAAAGACCAUUGCGUUGCCCAAAACUCAAAGUUCCCCUACAUUAAGAGCCUCACCGGGGGCAAGGACAACUCGAAUGAAAAGCUACAGCAUGGCGCGACACACGCCUUCGUCGUCCAGUUCUCAAACGCAGACGACAGGAAUUACUAUGUCGAGAGGGACCCGGCGCAUCAGGCGUUCAAGCAGGAGAUUGAGCCGCUGGUUGAGAAGACGACCGUUUUGGAUUAUACGAAUGGGAAGUUUACAUGAGAAAGCACGGAUGACUAGGGUAGCAGUAGGCUGUACGAGUAGGGUUUGAACAUGACACCCAUUGGAUCCUCAAUUUGGUACUUACAUCCAGCGGAUAGCGAUCAGGAGGCAGUUAGGAGUAAUGCCUUUUGUACAUAAUCAUAUGAGACUCCGAUCGCCGUACCUUGACGAACCCUAGCGCGGUGUAGGACACCCUACGCUCAGACCUAUUAUGAUGCCUUCUACG